UCCCAUCUGGAUCUCCCUUGCUGCCGUGUGGUGUGUCAGAGCACUGUGCUAGUAGGACGCUGCUGUCAGGGAGGAAGAGCACAGCCCAGCCCACAGCAAGCAGAGCUUCCUGUCCUGGUUGCAGAAGCAUUAGAGACAUGUGUGAAAGCAGCAGCAGUAGCAGGAUUCAUGGAAGGGUCUCAGCACUUAGGACAAGCCUCAUCUCCCCUCUGCCUGGAAGACACGAGCAAGGAGAAGGCCACCAGCUGCUAUCUGCCUGUAAGCCCCGGUCAAGGAUGCAUCCCUCUAUAAAUGCCUCUAGGGCCUCGGGACAAAGGUCAAAUGCGAAACCAUCACAUGCCGGUGACAUGCUGCAAGCCUUCCAAAUCCCCGCUUCAGUGACGGAGAGAACAGCCAGUCCAAAAAGGAGCCCGACACUGCUGGGUCUCGGCGGGAACGUCAACGAGGAGAGGGAGACUUGGCCAAGGAGAGGCAGAUGCCGUAAUGCUGAGCUCUCCCUUCCCAGCACUCUAGUCCUCCUGUGCCAAAGCUGGUGCCUGCCGAGACGCUGCUCACUGACCGGCUUCCUCCGUGGGAACCUGGCUGUCACUUGGCUCCUAGGGCUUGAUGUUUUAAAUAUACUUUGGCUUCUGCAGCUUUACAAGAGAGUGAUCGCAGCAUAUCUGUGCAAACAGAUCUCCUUGGCGUGUGGGCAGCUCCUCAUGGCCACUAUUGACAAAGCAGAAGUAGAGCGGCUGUGGGCUUAG